ACUGCCCAUUAUAUUCACCAUCAACUGUUCACGCCCUCGUCAGAUAAAGUUUAGCCAUUUUUCUGACUUUAUCCCAUCAUACUGGGUUUAAAGGCAGAACAUCCACACAACCAAAUAUCCGUUGUCUUAUCUCGAUCUUCCUCACUAUUUUCUUCCGACGCGUACAUCUAUCCAUCCUCGAUAAGGAAGUCACAUCCCAAGAAACACCAAAAAUGUUGCCCCGACGAUUACCACCUCGCCUUUUCCUUCGACCAACGCCCACUUCAACCACCCCAAGGGCCUCGCUGUUUCUCACCACUAGUACUAUUACUACUACUACUACCACCAACCCCAUCUCGCCCAGCCCCUCAACCAAUGUCCCUACCACCCACCAGCUCAGACUAUCCUCUUCCUCCUCAAACUCCCAAUGGAAAGCCCGCCAGUCCAACGAUUACUACGCCCGCUCCGCCCGCACCGCCGGGCUCAAAUCGCGCGCCGCCUUCAAACUCCUUGAGAUCAACAAAAAGUAUCGCCUCUUCCGCCGCAAUUCUUCCCAGAUCGUCGUCGACCUCGGUUUUGCGCCCGGCAGCUGGUCGCAGGUCGCGCUGGACCUCACCAAACCCGAUGGAAAAGUGGUGGGGAUCGACAUCAUCCCCGCGCAGCCGCCGAGGGGAGUAAGUUCCAUUCAGGGCAAUUUCUUGAGUGACGGGGUGAGGGGGUUGGUGAAGGGGUGGUUGAGGGAGGAGGAGGGACGGGGGAGGGUUGAGUUGUUGAGGAAGGAAAGGGAAAAGGCGGCUAGAGUGGAGCAGGAGGCGAAGGAGCGGGAGGAGAGGGAAAGGGUCGAGAGAGAAAGGGUGGGGAUGGAGGAGGCGAGGGGGUCGGAACUAGAGAGUGAGAUAGCGGGUGAGGUGGGUGAGGGAGUGGCUGGAAUGAGUGAAGCUAGGCAGAAGGAGAAGAACAACGUGGCGGAGGACGUGGUUCAAGGGGUGGAGAAGUUGGAGCUCACAGAGAAGCGGGAAGAGCAGCAGCCACAGCAGCAGCAGCAGAAGCAACGGCAACAACAAAAGGAUGUAGCAAAGCAAGAGAUCUUUGCCGACCGGCCAAGUUACAUCGAGUUGGAACGGAUGGCUGUUAGAGAAGCUCAGUUGCAGCAGCCUGAAGUUCUGGAACAAGACCAACGAGGAGAAGACAAGGCGACCACCGCAGCCAACGAAACAGAAGGAAAACUCGACAGGGAAGAGAGUACGGAGGAACUCGAAGAGGGACACCAACAAGAAGAGCAGCAACAACCAAGGAAGAAAAAGCAGCCAGAGCAAAUGCGGUUGGUUGAUGUAGUACUAAGCGACAUGAUGAUGAACACGAGCGGAAUUUCGUUUAAGGAUCACGCUGGUAGUAUGGAUCUCUGCUAUGCCGCUCUCUCAUUCGCAAACGACACGCUCAAACCCGGCGGUCACUUCGUCUGCAAGUUCUACCAAGGGUCAGAGGACAAGAAGUUGGAGAACAUGCUUAAGAAGCUGUUUACCAAGGUUCAUAGGGAUAAGCCUGAUAGUUCUAGGAGUGAGUCGAAGGAGGCAUAUUUUGUUGCUCUGAAUAGGAGGGGAGAUGUUAUUUUGGAGGAUAUUCCCAUCUGAUGUAAGAUGGCGCUCUAUUGUUGACUUAUAAAGCAAUGUACGAGUAAAACGGCGUUAUCGGGGAGAUAACUUGGGGAGCAAGAAUAUUUACGUUCACAGCACAAGACAUUGAAACAUCAGAUACCCAAAUCACAUUAGUAUUCACAGC